AUGCUUGAUGACUUUGAAAAGUCUGAAAGGACUGUUAGAAAGGGAAUAAGUGACAACAAGGGAGAAAUACUUUGUUUUGCCUACGCUUCAGGUUCUUGUCAUACUGCUUCGGAUUUGAACCAUCCUUCAUGCUGGAUUGAUGCUCUUUCCAUAAACGCCAUUAUUUCCAUGGAUUUAUUGAUCUUAACAAAUUGUUCUCUGUUACUUUCAUCUUGGACUAGUAAAGAGGUUUCUAAUUCUUUAGCAUACUUUGGGUCACACAAAUUGCGGUUUCACAUGGCUCAUGGUCUUGAACUAUUAGAGCAACGAGUAAGGGGAAGCAAAGACGUGCUUACAAGGCAAAGUAUAAUAUGUUUGCAUACUUUACUUCAUAAAAAUAUGAAAAGGGCAAGAAGGAUAGUUGCUCAACGAGGAGUCAAGAAGAUAUCCGAAGAACCCAAUGGAAGCUCCAUUUUCCAGAGAAUUACUGGCGAGGAAUGAGGAUGCAGUCGUAAAGUUGCUUUUGUGAUUGUGGCACCACAAAUCUACUGUAUCAUUCUAUGAGCAGACCGGGUCUUCUCAAAUCUACAACAAUCCAAUUCUGUAGCAAUUCUUAUAUAUUAGUGUAUGGGUAUGUUUUUUUUUUUCCAGAGCAACAGUUAAGGGUGUGUGUGGGUUAUCUUUUUUAG